GCUGCUGGGGGGGCGGGGGCGCUCCUGCCCCUCCCCGCUGUGCGCCCCCAGCCCCGCGGGGCCCCCGGGCGGCGCCGUCCUCGUGUGCCUGUGCCGGGGAGAGCUCUGCAACGGGAACGGGAACGGGAACGGGAGCGAGGGGGGCGCGGGAAGGGACGGAGCAGGUACGGGGGGAUGGGGGCAAUGGGGUAACGGGGGGAUGGGGGUAAUCGGGGUUAUGGGGACCCGGCGUCACCCAGGGCCCGGCCGCGCGGGGGCGCUGUGGCUGUGGGGCGCCGGCCCCCUCCUGCUCCUCCUCGCCUGCCUCUGCGUCCUCGGGCUGAGCCGGGCCAGGGCCCGCAGGGGGCGGCCACGUCGGGGGGGGAGCGGGGCCCCCCCCGAGCCCCCCAGCCCGGAGCUGCCUGCGCUGAGCUUCCUGAAGGGGCUCCCCCGGGGCCGUUUCCCCUCUCUGUGGCCGGGCUCCGCGCGGCACCUCCCGGUCUCGGGGGAGCGCUCGGGGCCGGCGCUGCCGCUCGCGGGGCCCCGGAACCCGGCGCGGCUGCGGGGGGGAAACCUCGAGAUGGAGCCGCGGCCAGCGGGCUCCCUGCGGCACUUCCUGGCUCACCCCGUUGGUCCCGGGCCGGGCAUUGUGCGCCUGGCGCUGUCCCUGCCUCGGGGCUUGGCCCCCCUGCACCGGGAGCUGCGGCGCCCCGGUCUCUCCAAGCCCAGCGUGGUUCAGCGGGACCAGAACGCGCUGCUGCGGGACCGCGGCACCUGCGCCAUCGGUGACCUCGGGCCGGAGCUGCCGCUGCCGCCGCGGGUGCAGGGGGGAGCCGCGGCCCCACGGGGGGGACCCAUCCGCAAGGUGGGCACGCAGCGGUACCUGGCCCCCGAGAUCCUGGACGAGAGCCCGGACCUGCGCGCCUGGGGCCGGGCGCUGCUGCAGGCCGAUGUGUACGCGCUGGAGCUGCUGCUCUGGGAGAUCCUGUCCCGCUGCCAGGCCCUGAGCCCCGGAGCCCCGGUGCCCGCCUUCCGCCUCGCCUACGAGGCCGAGCUGGGCUCCAGCCCCACGGGGCCGCAGCUCCGCCGCUUGGCCGCGGACGAGAGGCGCCGGCCGCUGAUCCCCCCCGCCUGGCACCGAACCCCGCAGCCCGGGGGGGCGCUGCCGGAGCUGCUCGAGGACUGCGGGGACCCGGACCCCGAGGCGCGGCUCUCGGCCGAGCGGGGCCUGCAGCGCCUGGCGCGGGGAGACCGAGCCGGGACGGGGGCG